CUUCCUGGGAUCCUGCCUUCAAUUUGAUUGCACAGGUACCACAGCAAGCCAGUGCUGUGUGCUCCGAGUUCCAGGGCGUCCUCCAGCUCAGCCACUGCACUGAGAACAUGGACUCUCUGUGGGGCCCAGGAGCCGGGAGUCACCCCUUUGGGGUCCACAACACCCGGCUGUCCCCAGACUUGUGUCCAGGGAAGAUAGUGUUGAGGGCCCUCAAGGAGAGUGGGGCAGGGAUGCCUGAGCAGGACAAGGACCCUAGAGUCCAAGAGAAUCCUGGUGAUCAGAGAAGGGUCCCUGAGGUCACCGAGGGUGCACAGUCUGCAUUUCGGCCCCUGCGGGACAAUGGAGGCCUCUCUCCCUUUGUGCCCAGGCCUGGGCCUCUGCAGACAGACCUCCAUGCCCAGAGGUCAGAAAUCAGAUAUAACCAGACAUCCCAGACCUCCUGGACGAGCUCCUGCACCAACCGAAAUGCCAUCUCCAGCUCCUACAGCUCCACGGGAGGCUUGCCGGGGCUAAAGUGGAGGAGGGGGCCAGCCUCAUCCCACUGCCAGCUGACCCUCAGUUCCUCAAAGACAGUGAGUGAGGACAGGCCUCAGGCUGUCUCUUCAGGUCACACCCAGUGUGAAAAGGCAGCAGAUAUAGCACCAGGGCAGACACUCGCCCUCAGGAAUGACUCCUCCACAUCCGAGGCCUCUAGGCCCAGUACACACAAGUUUCCCCUGCUGCCACGCAGGCGAGGGGAGCCUUUGAUGCUGCCACCUCCCUUAGAGCUGGGGUACCGGGUCACUGUUGAAGACCUGGACCGGGAGAAGGAGGCGGCCUUCCAGCGCAUCAACAGUGCACUGCAGGUUGAGGACAAGGCCAUCUCGGACUGCAGACCCUCACGGCCUUCCCACACUUUGUCCUCACUUGCAACAGGGGCUUCUGGUCUGCCUGCCGUUUCUAAAGCACCCAGUAUGGAUGCACAGCAGGAGACACACAAGUCCCAAGACUGCCUGGGCCUACUGGCCCCCUUAGCAUCUGCUGCAGAGGUCCCCUCUACAGCUCCCAUGUCUGGGAAGAAGCACAGACCACCAGGCCCCCUGUUCUCCUCCUCAGAUCCCCUUCCUGCCACCUCUUCCCAUUCCCAGGACUCAGCCCAGGUCACCUCGCUGAUUCCUGCCCCCUUCCCAGCUGCAAGCAUGGAUGCGGGCAUGAGAAGAACAAGGCGUGGCACUUCUGCUCCUGCAGCUGCCGCAGCAGCCCCUCCCCCCUCCACACUGAACCCCACGUUGGGGUCACUACUGGAGUGGAUGGAGGGCCUUCACAUUUCUGGGCCUCAGCCACAGCUGCAGCAGGUGCCCAGAGGUCAGAACCAGAGAUCCCAGACCUCCGGGACCAGCUCGUGCCCCAAAUGAAAGGCCAUCUCGAGCCCCUACAGCUCUACGGGAGGCCUCCCGGAACGAAAGCGGAAGAGGGGCCAGCCUCAUCCCACUGCCAGCUGACCCUCAGUUCCUCAAACACAGUGAGUGAGGACGGACCUCAGGCUGUCUCUUCGGGUCACACCCAGUGUGAAAAGACGGCAGAUACAGCACCAGGGGAGACACUCGCCCUCAGGGGUGGCUCCCCCAGAUCCCAGGCUUCUAGGCCCCGUAGAUGCAGGAGACUGUGCAUAACUCUGACAAAGACUACAAUGCAGCUGUCAGAAAAAAAGCUGAUUUGAGGCAAUGGUCAGGGAAAGUUGUGAAAUUAAGUAAAAAGUGAUGGAACAGGCUAUGUGGGAAGUGGUGGCUCACACCAAUAAUCCAAGUGCUUUGAAAGGCCAAGCAGGAGGAUCUCUUGAGGCCAGGUGUUUGAGAUCAGCCUGGACAACAUAGCAAGACCCUGUCUUUACAAAAAAUGUAAAAAUUAGCUGGAGGCUAGGCUCAGUGGCUCAUGGCUCAUGCCUGUAGGGAGGCCAAGGUAGGUGAAUUGCUUGAGCCCAGGAAUUUGAGACCAGCUUGGGCAACAUGGCAAAAUUCCAUCUGUACAAAAAAAUUGCCAGGCAUGGUGGCUCACGCCUGUAAUCCUAACACUUAGGGAGGCCAAGGUGGGCAGAUUACCUGAGGUCAGGAGUUUGAGACCACCCUGGCCAACAUGGUGAAACCUCGUCUCUACUAAAAAUACAAAAAUGAGCUGGGCGUGGUGGCGCAUGCCUGUAAUCCCAGCUACUCGGGAGGCUGAAGCAAGAGAAUUGCUUGAGCCUGGGAGACAGAGGUUGCAGUGAGCCUAGAUCGUGCUACUGCACUCCAGCCUGUCUGACAGAGCAAGACUAUGUUUCAAAAAAAAGAAAAAUUAGCUAGGUGUGGUGACAUGCACCUGUAGUCCCAGUUACUCAGGAGGCUGAGGUGAGAGGAUCACUUGAGCCCAGGAAGUUGAGGCUAUGAUCGUGCUACUGCAUUCCAGCCUGGGUGACAGCCAGAUUCUGUCUCAAAAAUCAAAACACAACAGGGCACAGUGGCUCACUUUGGCCUUCCAAAGUGCUGGGAUUACAGGUCUGCACCACCAUGCCUGGCCUGAGAGUGCAUGAAUUAAAGUUUCUAUUCUCUUGCUAGUCUGUCAUUGCUUCCCUAGUGUGUGGGAACCAUACUUGUCCCCACUUCUCAGUCAGAGAGCAGCCUGCCAACCUCCAAGUCUCUUGCCCCUGACCCAAAAGGUCCCAGGCUGUCCUCUCGGCAGAAGCAGCUGUCUUGUGGCUUACUGUGCUCAGACUCCAUUUCUAGGCCGUGGGCUCAUCAGGGAUCUAGUGCUUUGAAAAAGUGUAAAGGAGAGCAGCAGUAUUAUUCACAAUAGCUAAAAGGUAGAAACGACCAAAGUAUCCAUUGACAGAUGAAUGGAUAAACAAAAUGCAUUACAUACACACAAUGGACUAUUAUUCAGCCUUAAAAAGGAAGGAGGCGAGGUGUGGUGGCUCACACCUAUAAUCCCAGCACUUUGGGAGACUGAGGCAGGCGAAUCACUUGAAGCCAGGAGUUGGAAACCAGUACAGACAGCAUGGGGAAACCCCCUCUCUACUGAAAAUACAAAAGUUAGCCAGGUGUGGUGGCACAUGCCUAUAAUCCAAGCUACUCUGGAGGCCAAGGCAUGAGAAUCGCUUGAACCUAGGAGGUGGAGGUUGCAGUGAGCCAAGAUCAUGCCACUGCACUCCAGCCCGGGUGACAGAGUGAGACACUGUCUCAAAAAAAAAAAAAAAAAAAAAAAAAAAAAAAAAAAAAAAAAAGAAAGAAACGUGUGGUGGAAGAAGGGAAGAAAAUUGGCCAGGCACACUCUGGUAGGGGAUGGUUGGAUGAUGAAAUACAGACAAUAGAAAAACCUAGAUAAAGACCUGGCGUAAUGGCUCAUGCCUGUAAUCCCAGCGCUUUGGGAGGCUGAGGCGGAAGGAUCUCUUGAGGCCAGGAGUUUGAGACCAUCCUGGUAGAUAUAGUGAGACCCCAGUCUCUUAAAAAAUAAUAAUUGGCUAGGCGCGAUGGCUCACGCCUAUAAUCCCAGCACUUUGGGAGGCCAAGGCGGGCGGAUCACCUGAGGUUGGGAGUUCGAUACCAGUCUGGCCAACAUGGGGAAACCCCAUCUCUACUAAAAAUACAAAAUUAGCUGGGCGCGGUGGUGUGUGCCUGUAAUCCCAGCUACUCGGGAGGCUAAGGCAGGAGAAUCGCUUGAACCCGGAAGGUGAGGUUGCAGUAAGCUGAAAUUGUGCCGUUGCACUCCAGCCCAGGCAACAAGAGUGAAACUCUAUCUCAAAAAAAUAAAAAUAAAAAUAAAAAAGAAAUAGGUCGGGUGCAGUGGCUCACGCCUGUAAUCCCAGCACUUUGAGAGGCUGAGGUGGGCCGAUCAUGAUGUCAGGAGUUCAAGACCAGCCUGGCCAACAUAGUGAGACCUCGUCGCUACUAAAAAUAGAAAAAAAUUAGCCGGGCGUGGUGGCGGACACCUGUAAUCCCAGCUACUUGGGAGGCUGAGGCAGGAGAAUCACUUGAACCCAUGAGGCAGAGGUUGCAGUGAGCCGAGAUUACGCCAUUGCACUCCAGCCCAGGUGACAGUGCAAGACUCCAUCAAAAUAAAUAAAUAAAUAAAUAAAAUAAAUAUUAAUAAUAAUUUUAAACAAUUA